AUGGAGGUCACAAAAAAUUUGGUGAUUUUUUCUCUUACUGUGAUAUUAGUAGCUUCAGUGUUUAACAACAACAUUUUGGCUUCAGGUGAAGACAUCGGCCCAAUUGAGAAAUGCCUUGAUAAUUGUACGAACAGUUACACACUGGAUAUGUGCUUUUCUGACUGUGUUAAAGAAGGGUUUCAAUAUGCGGAAUGUGUUGUUCCUGCUCCUAAUACCCCUUCAAGAUGUUGUUGUUUUAAAGAUGUUGUUGUUUAA